CUUCCCUCGGUGCCCCCCUUCCAGUCCCGAUUCCAGGUCGCCCCCUCCGCGUCUCGGAGCGGGAGAGGGCGCCUCCCUGUCCAUCGUCUCCGCUACCGGCCCUCAGACCGUGCCUCCCACCUCGGCUCUGGCCCCCCGCGGCUCCUGGCCUGGCCACCCCGCGAGACCCCCCGCGGCCCGAGUCCAAGGCCCGCCCCCUCGGGGAGGCGGAUGUGGGAGGCUCGGGGCGGGGGCGCCGCCACGAUCUCGGGGCGGGGGCGGCCGAGGCGGGCGAGGCGGGCGGUUGGCCUCGGGGUCUGGGAGCCGCGCGGGGGAGGGUCCGGGUCCUGCGGCCCCAGCGAGGGGCGAGCGGGCGGCCCGUCGGCUAGCUGGGCAAUAGGAAACGGUUUAUUAGGAGGGAGUGGUGGAGCCGGGCCAGGCAGGAAGACGCUGGAAUAAGAAACAUUUUUUGCUCCAGCCCCUUUCCCAGUCCCGGGAGGCCGCCGCGCCGUCCGCGCCGAGCGAGCCCCGCCCGGGCCCCAGCGCCGUCCGGGGCCGCGGACGACCCGGGCCCGCCGUCCAGCGCUCGCUGUGCCACCGCGUCCGCCGCUGGGAGGAGAGGCGCCCGGCCCGCCGCCCGCAGGGCGGGUCCAGAGGGACCAUGACCUUGGACUCCCUCAGGAGAGGCUUUCUGAUGCUACUGAUGGCCUUGGGCUUGACCCAGGGAGACCCUGUGAAGCCCUCCCGCGGCCCGCUGGUGACCUGCACGUGUGAGAGUCCAACCUGCAGGGGGCCCACCUGCCAGGGGGCCUGGUGCAUAGUAGUGCUGGUGCGGGAGGAGGGCGGACAACCCCAGGAGCAUCGGGGCUGUGGGAGCCUGCACGAGGAGCUAUGCAAGGGGCGUCCCACCGAGUUCGUCAACCACUACUGCUGCUACAGCCCCCUGUGCAACCACAACGUGUCUCUGGCGCUGAAGACCACCCCGACUCCUCCAGAACAGCCGAAAGUAGACGGCCAGCUGCCUCUGAUCCUGGGCCCUGUGCUGGCCUUAUUGGUCCUGGUGGCCCUGGCUGCCCUGGGCCUGUGGCAUGUCCGGCGGCGGAGGCGGGAGAAGAAGAGGGGUCUGCACAGUGAGCUGGGCGAGUCCAGCCUCAUCCUGAAGGCGUCGGAGCAGGGGGACAGCAUGCUGGGGGAUCUCCUGGACAGUGACUGCACCACGGGCAGUGGCUCAGGACUGCCCUUCCUGGUGCAGAGGACAGUGGCGCGGCAGGUGGCCCUGGUGGAGUGUGUAGGAAAGGGUCGCUACGGCGAGGUGUGGCGCGGCCUGUGGCAUGGUGAGAGCGUGGCCAUCAAGAUCUUCUCUUCAAGGGAUGAACAGUCCUGGUUCCGGGAGACAGAGAUCUACAAUACGGUGCUGCUCAGACACGACAACAUUCUAGGCUUUAUCGCCUCGGACAUGACUUCCCGCAAUUCGAGCACGCAGCUGUGGCUCAUCACGCACUACCACGAGCAUGGGUCACUCUAUGACUUUCUGCAGAGGCAGACGCUGGAGCCCCAGCUGGCCCUGAGGCUGGCUGUAUCGGCCGCCUGCGGCCUGGCACACUUGCACGUGGAGAUCUUCGGCACUCAGGGCAAACCGGCCAUCGCCCACCGGGAUCUCAAAAGCCGCAACGUGUUGGUCAAGAGCAACCUCCAGUGCUGCAUUGCCGACCUGGGCCUGGCUGUGAUGCACUCCCAGGGUAGUGAUUACCUGGACAUCGGAAACAACCCACGAGUGGGCACCAAGCGGUACAUGGCCCCCGAGGUGCUGGAAGAGCAGAUCCGCACUGACUGCUUCGAGUCCUACAAGUGGACAGACAUCUGGGCCUUUGGCCUAGUGCUAUGGGAGAUCGCCCGUCGGACCAUUGUCAAUGGCAUCGUGGAGGACUACAGGCCACCCUUCUAUGACGUGGUGCCCAAUGAUCCCAGCUUUGAGGACAUGAAGAAGGUGGUGUGUGUUGAUCAGCAGACCCCCACCAUCCCCAACCGGCUGACCGCAGACCCGGUCCUCUCAGGCCUGGCUCAGAUGAUGCGGGAGUGCUGGUACCCCAACCCUUCUGCCCGCCUCACGGCUCUGCGGAUCAAGAAGACACUACAGAAACUCAGCAACGGUCUCGAGAAGCCCAAAGUGAUUCGCUAGCCACAGGCCUGAAGCCUGACUCCCCUGUACCUGCAGUGCGUGUGGGGUGGGUGGCAGACGGUGGGUGCCCUGUCUGGGUAGAGGUGGCAUGAGUACGCGUGCUGGGGAGGAGGGUGCCCCUCUCUGGGCCGCUGUGCCCGCCUGCCGGCUCAUCCAGCCAAAAAUACAGCUGGGCUGAAACCCGA